UCUACGAAAAGGAGGAGGGGGGGGAGUGUUUAUUUAUCUACUUCAGAGGAAAUUGUCUCAACGCCGGCAGCAAUCAUCAGUCGUAUAAACAGAAGUCAUUCAAAGCCGCGGUGAAUUCCUCUGUCAGCAUCUUGUCAUGGGCAAUAAUGUAUCGGGGAUAUCGACGCUGCAAAGAGGACAACAGCAGGGGUUUCAAAGACUUCGAAACUCACAGAAAGACUCCCUCGGUGGCCCAUUCCCGUCCACGUCACACCGAUGUCACCACAAACCCAAGAGGUGCCUGCCUAUCCAGUAUGGCAGUGUUGGUGGGGCCCUUCCCAUCAGCCCACUUCUUUUCCAUCCUAAUGCGAAGGGUUCCCAAAUUGUCAUGGACCUCGCUCAGAAGACAGUCAAGAGGCAGGCCAGUUUCUGCAACGCUAUCACCUUCAGCAACAGGCCCAUAGCCCUGUAUGAGCAAGUCCGCCUCAAGAUUACUAAAAAACAGUGCUGCUGGAGUGGGGCUCUGCGUCUGGGCUUCACCUGCAAAGAUCCCUGCAGGAUAAACCCAGACAACCUGCCCAAGUAUGCCUGCCCCGACCUGGUUUCCCAGAGCGGCUUCUGGGCUAAGGCCCUGCCUGAGGAGUUUGCUAAUGAAGGCAACGUUAUCGCCUUUUGGGUUGACAAGAAGGGCCGUGUUUUCUACCGCAUAAAUGAGUCCAGUCCCAUGUUGUUCUUCAGUGGAGUCCGCACAGCUGAACCCCUCUGGGCCCUCAUUGAUGUUUACGGUCUGACCCGUGGAGUGCAGCUGCUAGAGAGUGAGAUUGUUCCUCCCGACUGCCUGCGUCCACGCUCUUUCACCACAGUGCGCUCCUCCUCCCUGCGGCGUGAAGCGGACGACUCCCGCCUGUCCGUCAGCCUGUGUGACCUCAACCUGCAGCAAGAGGACAGAGGCCCCAACCACAAUCACUCCCAUCGCCACACCCUCCACCUGGCCUCAGCCUCCUCCUCCUCCACUUGCCCCAUCCCCCAGAACUCCCUCAACUCCCAGCAGUCCUCUCUCCUGCCGUCCGCCCUGGAGAGUGACCUCCACUUCCACCAGCUGCGCGGUGCCCACAUUAAGACUCUAGACGAGCAGACGGUAGCGCGCUCAGAGCAUGCACGUGAGGAGCGCACGCUGGUCUUUACCAACCGACCUCUACGCACUGGAGAGACUGUGUUCAUCAAAGUUACAAAGUCCAGCCCUGCACGCUCGGGCUCCUUGUCCUACGGUGUGACAUCCUGUGACCCGGCGGUGCUGCGCCCCAGCGACCUGCCCUAUAAUCCUGAGGCUCUGGUGGACAGGAAGGAGUUUUGGGCCGUGUGUCGGGUGCCGACACCUCUCCAAAGCAGUGACAUCCUGGGCUUCUUGGUCAACCAGGAAGGAGAGGUCAUCCUCAGCCACAAUGGCACCAAUGUGGGCAUGCAGGUGUGUGUGGACAACUCACGCCCACUCUGGAUGUUCUUUGGUCUGCAUGGGGCUGUGACUCAGCUGAGGAUUCUGGGCUCCACUCAUCUCGGGGAUCCACGGGCCACGUCAAACCCCAGUUCGCCCUCCUCCUCGCCACACACCCCCAGUGCCCUGGGCAGCGGCAGCUCUGAUCCGGUCCUGAACGGAGGCCUGUGCUCCGCCGCUUACUGCAGCUCAGCAGGGGGAACAACCCCAAAUUCACCAGUCAGCCUCCCUAAGUCACCUACGUUCCCAUCAGGCAGUGGGCCUUGGUCUGACGAGUGCUCCAUCUGUUACGAGAACAUGGUGGACACAGUCAUCUACGCCUGUGGACACAUGUGUCUCUGCUACACCUGUGGCCUCAAACUCAAGAAAAUGUCCAACGCCUGCUGUCCCAUCUGCAGAAGGCAGAUCAAAGACAUCAUCAAGACCUACCGGAGCACGUAAGGGGACCACAGCAAACAGGCGGCCUCCCUAUGAACAGCAAAAUCCCAGAGUCAAAUCCCAAAGUCAGGGAAAGAGAUGUCUAAAUUCAAGGAAUAUUCCUCUGGUACUUUGAUUUGGUAUUUUCGUAGAAUUAUUGUCGGUUGACCUUUUCCGAAGCUGGUACCGCUUCAUUGGGAUGGUCUCUUUCACUUUAGAGUUGCUGUCAGAGCCAACCUGCGGAGGCAGCACUUGAAGUGACAAUGAGAACUUAAUUCUUGCCAGAGGUGUUUGCUCUCUCCUGGGAUCUUGGAAGACUUUGAAGGAGAGGGAAAAACUGAACCAAUUCGAAAAUGAUUUCAUUUGUUGAGCCAUGUUGUACAGUCACCCAUUUGCACCGAAGCAAAUGAGUCACUUUGGGGCUGAAUGUCUCAGUAAUAACUUUUUUAGAGGAUGACUGAAGCUCUGAAAAAUGACGUGUAUUUCUGACUUAACCAGUCAAAAAAGCACACCCACAACAGGUAAAUAUCUCAGUAUGUCACAACUUGUGUCUGUGUGUUACUGAGCUGCACUGCGUUGGAAACGAGAAGUCAGCCUGGCGUCGCAAAGAUGAAGUGAUGGAUCUCUGUUAUCGUCGUGGUGAUUAUCAGUGAGUGAUGUAUUUAGAGAUGCAAGUCGGUGAGUAUAUUAAGUAGGAUUGUAACACCUCUUGUACUCGUAUAAUCUAAUGUACCUUUAUGGUAGUUCUAUUGCAAAUGUUGGUGGUAGCUAUAUUGUUGUGCUAGCUAGCUGCUUGCUCUGCAAUGUGGUAUGUUGCACUGAAAUCUGCAUCAUCCUCUCAGAAAUGCCCCAUUACUGACAGAGAGGAUGAAGACAUUCAUUGGUUAAAACAAUCAAACCUGCAUCCAGCAGACUCAGCAGCUCAGAAUUCUUGAAAGGAAACAGGAAGUGUUUAAAAAAAAACAACAGUUAUUUGGAUUCUCCUCAGGGCCAGCCAGCAAUGUUUUUUUUAAGAAGAUGUGAACUAUUUUCCCAAACUCUACCUAUAACCAUGCCUAAUACACUGUGAGUGCUCAUGACAAAUUGACAGGUCCUCAAAAAUAGCUCCCAUAACAACAUAUAAAGUCAAAGGAUUGUUGCCAUGGUAUCAGAAGCCACCACAGAUACAACACAGCCUCCUGCCUUAACCCACAGAAGGUUCAUUUGUUACAUGCCAAUGUAUCAUAUUCUGUGCUUUCUGCCGCUCUCCAAAAAAAAACAAAAAAAACCCUGGCAAAUUACCAAAUAAUGCUGUUGUGUGACACAAAUCGUCACAAAAUGUUCACUCAGAGGAGAAAAAGCACACAAAAUUCAAAAUUAUUUUUGUAAAUCUAUGACAUUUCUGAUAUUUAACUAUUAAAAUGUUUCAUAACCUUUGUGACGAGCUUUUCACCAGCAGCAAAGAUCCUUUACAGAAAUCAGUUCAGGGGCAGGGGUAUAAAAAGCUCGUAUUUUGAAUAUCUAUAUGAUUCCUAUUUCAUUACAAUAUGCCCUGAUAUCCCCCCAAAUUUCACCUACGAUUACAAUGACUCAACAAUAGCUUAUUACAAGAGAUACAUAAGUUGAGAGGCGGUUUUUUAAAUGACAUUGUUCUUCAUUUUGUAGAUAAUCAACAAACUGGGCUCAAACCUAUGCUGCUGCUAUGGUAUUUGCCAGCUGUCCUUUACCGGCAAAUGCUGACAGUGAUGUUUCACACAUCCAUCCUCCCACAUUACAGUUUGAUUACGCUACUGCUUGAAGUGUUAACUCACAUUGAAUGUUAAUUUAUGUAUUUAGAGAGAUUAAUGAUUUUUAUCAGUGUGCUUGAAUUGAAAAAGAAAACAAAGAAAAAAAGUUUUGUCUGUUUUUUUUGUUUGUUUUUUUAAGUUUGUUUGGAUUGAUGAUUAUGAUUCUAAUAUUUGCUUUCUUGUUUAUCCAAAACCAUGAUAAUCUAAAUUUAUUCUUGUUUUCUAAUAGACAACUUAAGUCAGAAUAUAGAGGUUUUCUUGUACCUUGCAGCAAUAAGAGAUAUUGCAGUACACAAUCAAAACCUGAUUGCUUUGGGGUGCAAGAUAUAAACUCUUGGUUUUAUUACAAUCCCUGAAUUUCAGGCGUUCUUUUUGUGUAAUUUAUCUUCUUGUGUGUAAGCCUAUGUUAGGGAGCCCUACUACCCACUUCUGUAUUUAUAGCGCUUAUCAUUAUAGUCUGAAAGCCAUCACUGUAUGUGUAUGGUGAUGAUAAAUGUCACUUUAUAAAGCUACUGAUUGUAAUCUUGUAAAUGUUUAGGCCAGCGUUGCUCUCUGAGAUUCAACCAUGGCAUGUUUUAUUUUGUGCAGACACUCCGACCAAAUCUCAAAAUCUUUUUUUUUCUUUUUUAAAAUAGAUUGUAAAAAUGUAAUUCCCUUGGUGCAAAACCUUGUAUUCAGGUGUUUUUUGUUUUUUUUAACAUUUACAUUCAUCAAUUUUUGGACCACACCAAACAUACUAAAUCACCGUUCAUACUAAGCUAAAUAAUUGGCUGAAGAUUUUCAUCUGUUAAUUUUAUAUGCUCCUUUGAACGGACACCAUGCCAUUUCAAUUUUUUGUCUUUUUAUUUUUGCAUCCAGGAUACUCCACAGGCUCCUUGAAUGUUAUUGAUCCUGUAAUGUGCUAUUUAUUUGUCCAUCACUGAUGUGUGGACUUAUUCCUCUGAUUCUGCUUUUCUUGUGUGUUUGCUUUCUUCUACAUUGCCACUAUACCGAUAUGACUCCUCUGUGUCUGGCCAAUCACACAGCAGCACACGUAGAGAUUCUUUCUGUAGAUCUUACUACUUUUUGUCAUGCAUGAGUUAUCUGUUCACCCUGCGUGAACAUCGGGACCAACAGUAGAUGAGCAUCGGAGUGGAACGCUGUUAGUGUUCAUGUAGACUGGAAACAGUGUGUAAUGCUAGAAAUACUAUAUAGCGCUCUGUUUGGCUGUUGUGACACAGCAGCUGAAGUACUUUGCAAACCUGUAUUUUCUUUCUUUUUGAUUUGAAAUUAUGUGAGCUGUUCAGUGUGAGUCGGAUGACUGUGGUUAAUAAACU